UGGGAGACAACAUCGUCCGCAGAGGACGCGAGUGAGCUGGAAUGCUUUGACGUCAGUAGCAGGCCAGCGCUCAGAGCCGAUCAGACAGUGAAUGAAUGCGCGAAUACUGCAGAGAGGCGCACUCGCAGCAUCGACCAUCCAUCCCUGUUGCCUCGUCCUUUCGGAUACAUCGGGGCAUACACACGCCACUGGCACAGUGAACACAACAGGACGUCGGGACAAUAUUGGAAACCAAUAGCUUUACGAUUCCAACUCAUCAAGUAGUAUUGGAAUAGCAAGAAGUGCCAAGCUGUUUACAGAGGCAGGUCGCUCCACGAGCCUCAAGGAUAACGCAUUUUCCUCUCAAUGGUAAUGCAUCAGUAGAGAGAGCCUCCAUAGAGCUUCAAGACCCCUCCAAGGUCCCUCAUCCAGACUGAGACUGUCUCCAGCACCAACACACCACUCCCCUCACCCCGUCUCUGCCCUGCCCCACCCAGACAUGGCUGCCUCCAAGAGCGGCUACGAGGGAAAGAUCGCCGGCCUCUAUGACCUGGAUCGCACGCUGGGUAAAGGCCACUUCGCUGUUGUCAAGCUGGCACGCCACGUCUUCACAGGCCAGCUGGUGGCAGUCAAGGUGAUCGACAAGACCAAGCUGGACGCCAUGGCGACGGGCCACCUGCUGCAGGAGGUGCGCUGUAUGAAGCUGGUGCAGCAUCCCAAUGUGGUGCGGCUCUACGAGGUCAUCGACACUGCCAACAAGCUCUACCUCAUCUUGGAGCUGGGCGAUGGAGGAGACAUGUAUGACUACAUCUUGCGCCACGAGGGUGGCGUGGCUGAGGACACGGCUAAAGUUCACUUCGCCCAGAUCGUCCGAGCAAUCUCCUACUGCCACCGGCUCCACGUGGUGCACCGAGACCUCAAGCCAGAGAACGUGGUGUUCUUCAGGCAGCAGGGGACCGUCAAGCUGACCGACUUCGGCUUCAGCAACCUCUUCAAGCCCGGGACCAUGCUGAUGACCAGCUGUGGCUCGCUGGCUUACUCCGCCCCAGAGAUCCUGCUGGGAGAUGAGUAUGAUGCUCCGGCUGUAGAUAUCUGGUCGUUGGGGGUGAUCCUGUACAUGCUGGUGUGUGGACAGCCCCCUUUCCAGGAGACCAAUGACAGUGAGACGCUCACCAUGAUCAUGGACUGUCAUUACACCGUCCCAGCCCACGUCUCCUCAGACUGCAAAGAUCUGAUCUCCCAUAUGCUGCAGAGGGAUCCAUCUAGCCGUGCCUCCCUGCAGGAGAUCGAGAACCACCCCUGGCUGCUAGGGGUCGACUCCUCGCCCGCGGGACACAGUGCCGCCCCCCUCACCUCCCACCGUAGCCUGUCCCCAGAGGAACACGAGGUCAUCCUCCAGGCCAUGACCAGUGGCAACAUUGCAGACCGCGACGUCAUCCAAGAGGCUCUAGAGGCAGACCGAUACAACCACAUCACAGCCACGUAUUACCUGCUGGGGGAGCGCAUCCUGAGAGACAAGCAGGAGCAGCCCAGCGAGAUGCCCAAAGUCGACAGUGCAUGGGCUGAGCCACCACAACUCCAGAGGCCACUGUCUGAGCCUCUGGAUCUGGAGCAGAGGGGGCUCCAUGGACUGCUGCCUGGCUGUCCCCGCCGAGGGGUGUCAGAGUCUGGGGACUUCCUAGCCCACAGGCCCCUUUUGCUCCAGCCACAGCCAAGUCGCACAGAGAGCCCCUUCCCUGAGUACAGCACAGGGCCCUGCCCGGGGCUCACCCUGCACCCCCAACCCCCUGAUGAACCCCUGCAGGUCAAAAGCCUGGGAGCCCUGCAGCUGAUCUGUGAAGAGGAUGAGGAAGAAGAAGAGGAGGAGGAAGAGGCAAUCAAACCACAUGUUGGACUUCAUAAUAUUCAAGCACUGCCUCACAUAGUAGGCUUGGUAUCAACCACUGGGUCUACAGAACAGUCAAGUCCCAUGCUCUCAGCUCCAGAGGCUCCACAGAGGCACCCAGUCAGAGUAGUGCCAGGUCAGGGAGAGGAAACAGGCCUGUUGGGCACCUCAGUGAAGGAAGCACCGGACACAAAGAGGGGGGAGGGGGACAGGGAACAGCAGGACAAGGUUUCCAGCCACAACAAAGAUAUGGAGUCUGACCAGGUGGCAGCCAGACAGGAACAGGGUACAGUGGAGUCAGAGGAGAAGCCCAUGGAGGAAGAGAAUAUGUCAUGUGACCCACUGAGGCUAGGUAGUCAUGCGACUACAGACCAGCCAAUCAAUGGUUUAGAAAACCUGAUUCAGACAGUGGUAGAUAGUCAACUCACUCCGAAAGCUCAUCCUCCAUGCCUGUCUCGCCUAGGGCGGGUGCAGUGUUGUCGGGGGCAACGAGAGUCUCCUACCCCAUACAUCAUGGAAGUGGAGGAAGACACUAUGCUUGAAAACAACAACAACACCACAGAGUCCAAGCCUAAGCUCCUGGUGCAGGGUGGGGGUUCCACUCCAAGCGCUUCACCCCGCUCUCUGCCACGUAACCACUGUGUAGACCUGGGUCCUGACGGAGUGGAGACGACACGCAAGGUGGGUGGGCCUGGAGGAGAGUUUGAGGGGGAAAUGCCGGAGGAGCUCCAGUUGGAGAGAUCCCAUAUUGCACCACAGGGCCCUCUUGGGCUCAGAGAGGCGGGGACCGACCCUGCAGUCAGAUUGGAUCCUGGGAAGGGGAAGAACGUGAACUUGCGAGACCGCCUACUGCAGUUCCCCCUCUGUGAGAAGGCCUUGUCCUUCAACAUCCAGCCCACCUCCAAGGAGAAACUCCUGCCCUUCGCCCAGUACAACUGCUGCCACGUGUUGUAGGCAGAGCCACCUGUAGCUUUACCUCCCUAUACCUCCCACAUCACUCACUCACUUUAUAGCCUGGCCACGGGGCAC